AAGGGUGCAGACUUCACCUCUUGGGGAAACUGGUCAAGUGCUGGAGAACAGCCAGUGCUCCUCGGUGAAGUCUGGCUAUCCUCGUGUGAGGGGGUCACCCCAGCUCUGAGAGUCCCAGGUUUCCAGUCACCAGCACAUCCUAAGGAGAGCAGACCCCGAAAUACACUCUGGGCCCGGGCGGCGGGAGAUGGGCGCCAGGCCCUCGCGGAGGCGGCUGCCGGCGGACCCGCCCCUCGCCCUGGACGCGCUGCCCCCGGAGCUGCUGGUGCAGGUGCUGAGCCACGUGCCGCCGCGCGCGCUGGUGACCCGCUGCCGCCCGGUGUGCCGCGCCUGGCGCGACGUGGUGGACGGGCCGACCGUGUGGCUGCUGCGGCUGGCCCGCGACCCCAGCGCCGAGGGCCGCGCGCUCUACGCGGUGGCCCAGCGCCACCCGCCCCGCGGCGAGGACCCGGAGGAGUUCCCGCUCUGCGCGCUGGCCCGCUACUGCCUGCGCGCGCCCCUCGGGCGCAACCUCAUCUUCAACUCCUGCGGAGAGCAGGGCUUCAGAGGCUGGGAAGUGGAGCACGGCGGGAACGGCUGGGCUGUGGAGAGGAACCUGACACUGGUGCCCGGGGCGCCGGCCCAGACCUGCUUCGUGACUUCUUUCGAAUGGUGCUUCAAGAGGCAGCUGGUGGACCUGGUGAUGGAGGGGGUGUGGCAGGAGCUGCUGGACAGUGCCCAGAUCGAGAUCUGCGUUGCUGACUGGUGGGGCGCCCGAGAGAACUGCGGCUGCAUCUACCGGCUGCGGGUCCGCCUCCUGGACGUGUAUGAAAACGAAGUGAUCAAGUUCUCGGCGUCACCAAACCCGGUCCUGCAGUGGACUGAGAGGGGCUGCCGGCAGGUCUCCCACGUCUUCAGCAACUUCGGCAAGGGCAUCCGCUACGUGUCUUUUGAGCAGUACGGGCGGGACACGCGGUCCUGGGUGGGGCACUAUGGCGCCCUGGUGACCCACUCCAGCGUGAGGGUCCGGAUCCGCCUGUCCUAGCCCACCAGCCUGAUCCGGCCUUCCGGGAGGACCUGCCUUCUGCACGACACUGGGGACAUUGAGGGUGCCUCUGCAGUCAGGAGCAGGGGCUGCCCGGAGACUUCGGGGGACCCGCGUGGUCUGUUCCCCAUAUGCUGCCCGGGAACCCUCGCUGGGUGAAAAACCAGGGCCCAAACUAUGCUGCUCACAGCGUUCUCAGCUUCCUGGGUGGGGGCAGAGAACUGCUUUCGCACAUGUGUCAACGGAGCACAGAUGGAAGGAUAAACCAGGAACUGUAAGCGAAGAGAAAGCUGCCAACAACCUGGCCGUGGCUCUUACCUGCCACCCCUAGAUAACAGGCUGCCGGCAGGAAGCAGAGGCAGCCCUGACCAGCUGUCCUGGAGGGGCAACUGGAGACAUCGAAGGAAGCUCUUUCUGCAUUUCUGGAGUCUCUGGGGUUCAGCUGUGAGGCCCAUGCAGCCCCCACCAACACCUUCCCUUUGGCCCAGACUGUUUCUUUCCAAUUUCAUGAGGCCAAGUAUCCACUGACCCCUUACACAGUCCCCCAUGGCUACCUCCUGCUCCGCCCAUGGGGCAGCUCGCCUCCUGCUGGCCAUUACCUCCUCCACAUUCAAGUCCACAUGCACAGGGGCUCCAGGAGCAAGGCCUGCUGGGAAGGAAAGCUCUCCUGUUCUGACCCCAGGGGCCCCGCUACCUCCCCAGCUGGGCACAGCAACCAAACUGGCACAAUAAAAUUGGUGCUAAAC